UGGCCCGAGCAGGCCGAGCCAGCACCAGUCUCGCCUACAUGACGCCGCCACGCUCUCACACAGCUGAUCUGAGCUGCUACUGCAACUUCUGCUGUUCAGGCAACAGAGCAAGGAGCUGCACAGUGCAUUACGGGACAGAGUAAACCGAGGAGAGGACCGAAAAGAUAAACAAGAGAAGAAAAGGAGCUGAAGUUUCCCAACAGAGAAGUGGAGCACAUGAAGCUGUGGAUGAAAUGAUAGGUACAGACGGAGACCUUGUUGUCAUUACUGACAAACCUUGAAUGGGGGAAAAAAAAAAGUGCAGUUGAAGGUCAGUGGCAGAGUGAUUCACAUUUUUGCAGAGAGGACGAGAAUAUUAAACCCGAGACUCAUUUGGGGGAAAGGUGAUUCAGAGUGAAGGCCAAUUUGCCUGAAAAGAAAUCUCAGAGGAGCGCUUUUGUUACACUCGACAGAUUCCUGUUUGUUUUCCCUCAAGGUGAAAAGCAAUAUUAUUAUCAAGAGCCACCCUCAGCUGGACUGUCACCUGGACACCUCGGGACUGAAGUCACCCUCAGCUGCUCUCCGGGCAGCUGUCACAGUUGAGAUGAUCCACAACACCCUGAAGUCAAGCGAGCCGCCGGAGCACAGCCCCAGGAGAACACACUCGGCCGCACAGAGGAAGCUGUGGCGAUACUCGGGAUGUAGAGGGGCCGGCCAGGUGGAAAGUCAGCGUCGCAGCGUUUGUGUGUUGGCUGCGGACUUGAACACUGGAGGAGGAGGAGGAGGAGGAGGAGGAGGAGGUGGUGUGAUGCACACUAUCCACGGGCUGUGUCACCUCUGCAUCGGAUGUAGGCUGCCUCAGGUGACUAUCCUUCGAGGAAAGGAUGGAUAUGGCUUCACCAUCUGCUCGGAUUCCCCUGUGAGGGUGCAGGCUGUUGAUCCAGGGGGUCCAGCAGAUCAGGCUGGUCUGCAGCAGCUGGACACUCUCCUGCAGCUUAAUGGCCAACCAGUGGAGCAGUGGAAAUGUGUGGACUUAGCUCAUGCCAUAAGGAACAGCGCCAAUGAAAUCACCGUGGUGGUGUGGCGUACCGGCCCCUCCGUCAAACCUAACUUUGAAGGCCUCAUCCACCGGCCCUCCUACAAACCCUCCACCUCAAACUACGACGCCCCCUCGCCCCCCACCCGCAGACGCGCGCCAGAUGUCGGCCCGAGCAAAACCCCCCCUGCCGUGCCGCCUCUCCCAGCCCACCACCGUGCCACCGCCACCCGUAGGCUGCUGGUCAACGGCUCCGAAGCCGCUAACAGCGGCGGCCUAGGCAUGGGGACCCUGGCGUGGGGGGCCCAGGGAGGCUCCGCGGAGGAGCUGGAUGGGAAACCGCGACACCUCCACCAUCCUCACACCGCAACGCUGAAGGGAACCAGGGUGAAGGCCUCCAACGGGGACAACUACAUCAUCCUGGCGCCCAUCAACCCUGGAAGCCAGAUCUUGAGGCCUGUUUACCAAGACAACCAGGGGACGUUAGCAGCCAGGUUAUACCCCACUCGACAGACCUCGGUCCCACAGGCCCAGAGUGGCGGCGGUGGUGGCGGCGGGGUGUUUUCAGGAGGCAUGAGUGGAGGCGGUGGAGGUGGUGGAGGAGGCGGUGGCGGUGGCCUCUCCAGCCGUACUGGCUUCCUCCGUCGAUCCAACAACUCCAAGAUAUCAAAGGCUUCGUCCACCUCCACGAAUGCCAGUGUAGCCAACUACCAACAGCAGAAUUCCAAUUUUGCCAACUACCAGAACUGCACCAUCGUCCGUUCUCAUACUCCGCAUGGCAACUACGGAUAUGUCAAAGUGGCACCCAAGAUCCUCAUCUUUCCCAUCUUUGUUCAGCCUCUGGACUUGUGCAGCCGAACUCUCAUCAUAUCUGAGGAGAUGAUCCUACACGAGAGCAAACACCAUUCUCUCAAGGUUACGGUUUUCGUCUACAGCGACCUGAUGCUGGUGACCAGAGAGAACGAGCCCGGCAGGUGUAACGUCCUCCAGAGUCCCCUGUACCUCCGACAGCUGCGACUCCAGGACGAUUACGCCGAAGAACUGAGAUUCUACCUUAUUCACAUGACGGAGAAGUGUGACUGCCUGCUCAGCCUGGAAGCCUAUUCGGCAGACCAGAAGCGCCGCGUGUGUCAGUGCCUGAAGGACAACAUCGACAAGCAGCUCCAGCUUCACAGGAGGGAGCCUCCCGUUCCGCAUUUCGAACAGAUGUUGGAGCCUAAGGUGGAUGCCCCUUCAUGUGAGCUGGGCGGAGUAGGAGGAGAUCGAGGAGGUGUUUGCCUCCACCUGCCCCCUCGAAGCUCCGAGGGCGAGGAAAGCAGCCUGUAUCCCUCCAGUCCCUCCGAGCCCCCGACGCUGGGCAGCCCUCACCCCUCAGAGCCGCUCACCCCUUUGGAUGAGAUCUACAUGCCCCUCGGAGGUCUGGUGGGAUCCGAGGAGCGACACAAGGUGCCUCCGACACCACCUCCUUCCACGGAGGGCGAGGACUGCAAGAGUAUAGAGGGGCACGAGAUGGAGAUCUGGAGAGAGAGGAAGGAUGAGGAGCACAAGGGGGACAUAGAGGAGGAGGAGGAGGAGGACAGGGCCAGCAGAAAGAGUGCAGGGAGUGAGGGGGAGGAAAAAGAAGGAGAUGAAGGUGACAGGAAUGAAGAGGAGGUCAACCUGAACCUGGUGGUGUCCAACACGGACGACGACAACGUCUCGGAGCCGCCUGACACCAACGCCCCCCCUUCCUCCUCCUCGUCCUCCUUCGUCAUCCCUGAGCUGCGCCUCGACCGCUCCUUCAGCGCCGACGCCCUCUCCUCGCCCAACACCGACGAAGAAGAGUACGACGAGGACGAAGACGAGGAGUCCGAGGAGGAGGAGGACGAGGACGACAGCGACGACGCCUACCUGCAGCGCAGCGACAGCAAGCGGCGCAGCAUGGUGGAGGGGGCCACCUGCGAGAAGCACGGCGGAGGAGGGCUCAGCGUGCAGAACUCCCUCCGCAGGCGCACGCACAGCGAAGGCAGCCUCCUGCAGGACCCACGCACGCCCUGCUUCACCUCCGACAACGCCAUCAACUGCCUGGAGGCCGGGGGGUCGCACCACAAGGGCGGCUGGACGCUCCCGUCGCCCAAAACCUUGAAGAAAGAGCUGACCAAGAACGGAGGCUCCAUGCAUCAGCUGUGCAUGCUGUUCUCUGGGAGGAAGCUGAGCUCCGGAUCCCCCUGUAGCUGCGAGGUCGGCCCCGAAGGAACGAAGAAGAAGAAAUCCAAGAACCUGGCCAAAGACAUGAAGAAUCGGCUGGCUUUCCUGCGGAGGAGGAAUGAAUCCCCAGGAAGCAACCCAGCCAGCAAGUUAGACAAAUCUAUGAAGUCAGUCAAGCCCACCCCAGAGGAGGCACUGAAAUGGGGGGACUCACUCGACAAGCUGCUGGCACACAAAUAUGGUCUGGCAGCGUUCAGAGCUUUCCUGCGCACCGAGUUCAGCGAGGAGAAUCUGGAAUUCUGGCUGGCGUGCGAGGAAUACAAGAAGAUCAAGUCGCAGUCCAAGAUGGCCUCCAAAGCCAAGAAAAUCUUUGCAGAAUACAUCGCCAUCCAGUCGUGUAAAGAGGUAAACCUGGAUUCCUACACUAGAGAUCACACUAAGGACAACCUGCAGAAUGUGACACGCUCCUGCUUUGACCUAGCGCAGAGGCGGAUAUACGGGCUGAUGGAGAAGGACUCAUACCCUCGCUUCCUGCGCUCAGAACUCUACUUGGACUUAAUCAACCAAAAAAAGCCCAGCUCCACUUCGACUUCAUCUUCAUCAUAAGAGAUGACAAAUAUAUAUAUAUAUAUAAGGAGAAGAGAAAGAUGCUGAAAGAGAGAAAAAAAAGGGGCAGACUUGAAAA